AACGCCCCCUCUCCCAGACCAACUGAUGUGGGCUUCAGUGUCUCAGAGAGCCCGCCUGAUGAGCCCCACCCCGCCCCAUUGUCUCUUUUUCGAGCCCUUUACUUCGUUGAAAUUGGAUUUCAGCCCCAGGGCGUCGGUUGGCCCGUCUAUGAGGUCCAAGGCGGGCGACGCGGACACUCCCCCGCCUACUUCGGGGCCCAAUGUGGGCGCGACCACUCGCCGAUCCGGCCAACGCGAUAAUCGCAAUCCUUUAGCCUUUUUGGGCUUGAAACGGGUGGGUCCCGAGGGUGAGGCGGAUCAAGACCCGGCCAUGGCCUCGCCGAAAGAGGGUGGGAUCGAGCUGAAUCGGCGAGGAAUACCCGCCCGCAAGCGCAAGAAGAAUUCUCUCAUUUACGGCCAAGACGAUCUCGUCAGUAUUCCCAUCAAAUCGCCCAAGAAACGGGCCAAUAACGGCAAGACGGCAUCAAAUCACUCUACGGCUGUAGCCGAGAAAAAAGUUGCGGUGGCGGUGGCCAGUGUGAAAACACCCGUGUCUACACCCACUCGUCAGAGUCGGAGUACUCCACCUUCCCCUGUGCGAGCCAUCAAGCCCAGUGCAUCCACCUCCAAGACCACGACCGCCCGUCGAACGCCAAGUAAACGGCAAUCACGGUCCACACCCGCUUCGCCCGUGAAACGAGCCAUCAAAUUGGAGAGUGCGGACGAUUUCGAGCUCACCUCGCCCGAGAAAAAGAGCGCUCAUGGACUAAGUGUGGCUUUGCGGAAUCUGUUGAAAUUGCCCAAAGCCCAUAAGUGGGUGUGCUACGAGUUCUUUUAUUCCAACAUUGACCGCGUGCUCUUCGAGGGCGAAAACGACUUUAUGGUAUGUCUUCGCGAAUCAUUCCCGCAAUUAAAGAGUCGUCGCCUGACUCGAGUGGAAUGGUGCAAAAUCCGGCGGUUGAUGGGCAAACCUCGGCGAUGUUCAGCCGCCUUUUUCGCUGAGGAACGUACGGAACUAGCCAAGAAACGACAAAAGAUCCGUUUGCUUCAGCAAAGGAAGCAAGGCGAGAUUUAUAACUUCAAGGAUCUGCCCGACCAGAUCCCAUUGCAACUGACCAUCGGCGCACGUGUAACGGCCAGACUACGUAAACCUCAGGAUGGCCUUUUCACGGGCUCCGUGGACGGUUAUGAUACUUCCAAUAACACCUAUCGCAUCACCUUCGAUCGCAACGGUUUGGGCGCACACUCCAUUCCGGAUCAUGAGGUGCUUUCCACAGAGCAAAUGGAGACUUUGCCGUUGAGCAAUUUCAGUCAGCGGCCCAAACCUCGACCCAUUCCUCAGCCGGUGGUCUCUUAUCCCUCGCCCAUGAAAUACACCCCGAAUUUUUCUCCACAAUUGGCCAACGACCCGUUGUUAAGCGGAAGCACGCCCAAAGGCAAAGUCAUGCAUCUGGACGGUCGGUUGGGCGGCUAUCCAGUCAAAUUCUUGGACCUGAUCGUGAGACUGAGCAAAUGUCUGAAGAAAAAGCGAGAACUGGUCACGUCUCUGCGCGAUCUCAACACUCAUGGCGAGAGACUCAAGAGCUUUGGAGAGUACAUUUCAGAGGAUUUUCAACGCCGUUACGCCGGCAAUGUCAUCGAGUUGUCGAAUCUAAAUCGGGACCUAAAUGAAUAUCUAGCCGAGAUUAAGGAGUACACUCAACAGUUUUCCAAUGAGGCUGGUCCGACUAUUUCUUUGCCUAAUAUCGUGAAGGAGGGUUGUCAAGAAGAUGCCUAUGACAUGGUGAAUAAGAAUAACACUUCCGAUGACAAAGAAUUCGUCGAAAAUCCGAAAACACUGGCACUCAUCUCUUCGCUCACCGCUCUUAUGCUUCAGAUCAAGCAUUUAGCUGAUGGAGAAAGAAGCGCUUACGAGCUCCAGUCGUUGCAAGAUUCGCUCUCGGAGAUCAAGCUGAACCUUCACCCCGAGAAUUCGAAAAAAUUUGACGAUUCAGUCAUGGUUCACCUUCAUCACAUUCAGUCUGGUGUGGCUCAGAUUGGCAAUCUCCAUGCAUUUAUGCAAGGGCCCGCCGCACUAGCGAAAAGCGAGCCAUUGUGAAAGGGAUCCGAUGCACUGAGUAAUCAUGUAAAUAGACCUAAUGCCGCAAAUGAUUGUUACACACCUUAACCUCACGCAAUUAUAUGUAGAAUCUACAUUACGCUACCUAAA